AUGCUUCCGUUGCCACCAAAGGUGCUAACGGAGAGGAAUGAUCCUUUGCACUUGAUCAAGACCCGGCUUGACACUCAUGGCAGACCAGCAACCAUCCAAGGGCCUAUGGUUAGGUAUUCGAAGUUGGCUUUCAGAGAGACUUGCAGGGAGUAUAACGUUGAUAUAACCUAUACACCUAUGAUGCUAGCGAGGGAGUUUGUGAGAAAUGAGCACGCUCGACUUACUGACCUGAGCAUCGGUUCCGCUGAUGUCCCAGUGAUUGCCCAGGUCGGCGUUAACAGUGUCGUGGACUUGAUGAGGUUUGUGGAGAUGGUGAGCCCGUAUGUCGAUGGAAUUGGAAUCAAUUGUGGGUGCCCUAUCCGGGAGCAAGUUCGUGAGGGGAUCGGUUGCGCACUUAUCUACACUGAGAACUUAUUGGUCGAAAUGGUCAAGACGGUGAAGGACAAGUACGGUGAUAAACUGCGAUUGGAAACCAAAAUCAGAAUACACGAGCACAAGGUCCCUGAGAGGACGUUGAAAUUGUGCCGCCGGCUGUGUGACGCUGGCGUAGAUUGGAUUACCGUCCACGGGAGACUCCGUACGACGCGAUCAUCCGAGCCUGUGGACCUAGACGCAAUAAAGUACAUUGUGGACGGUAUCGCGGACAGAGAUACCCCUGUAGUGGCCAACGGUGAUUGCUUUACCGUUGAAGACAUGGUACGCAUCCAAAGGAUCACUGGUGCUCAUGGGGUCAUGGCAGCCCGCGGACUUUUGGCGAACCCUGCCUUGUUCUCCGGUCAGGAUAAAUGCCCGUGGGGCUGUUUAGAGAGAUUCCUAUACCAUUGCAGUGAGGUAGGCGACGGUCUGCCCAUACAACUGAUCUUGCACCACGUUCACUGCAUGCUGGAGAGUAUGCAAGUCCGCAAGAAAUUGCUGAAGCAGAUAAUGAAUCUGGAAAGCUUUGCACACCUGUUAGACUGGCUAGAAAAACAUUUCGUUUUGCUCAGAGAGGGAGACGAAGGAUACGGAACGGGUACAGAGGUACCCCUUCGAGAGUGA